AUGCCGAGGCAAACAUCCGUCGAGCAGGAGCAACUAGCUCCCAACAAAACCAAUCUACAAUGUACUACAGGAAGCAUUUCGCUUCGCGCCGGAAUCCCCACUGCCGGUACCGGACCGAUCUGGCCGGUCUGGUCUGGUACAACAUACCAGUAUGUAUAUCCGCAGCUUGAAGAUAGGGGACAGGAACGUGGGUCUGCUGUGACGGCGGAACGCGUCGAAGGCUACGGUAUACGCAAUGACCGGUCUACAUAUGUUGUGGGCAAGACUUCUGCGGCAGGGGCGGUGAAUAUUGAUGGGUGUUUCGCCGACGGCGGAAACGCGAGCGCGAGCCUGAGGUGGCUGUUGUUACGGCCUGGAUCGUGCCUGAAACGUGUUUCCUACUCGGUGUGGUUGCUGGGAUCAGACCGCGUUGAUCGACGUGUGCAGGCCAGGCAGUCGGUUGCGAGAGUCGAUGUUUUCGGGCAGAUCCGGGAGGGCGUGGAAAGGUCGUUCCUGGGAUCAUAUGCCGCGGUUCAUGGUUUCGUUCUCAAGGCUCGCGUUGGGUUGUAG